CACAGCGCGAUACAGUAAACAAUUCUCUAUCUACCUAUCUAGGUGUCAUAGCUCUAUGUGAAAAAACCGCGAAGUUACGGCCGUCCCGCGAGCGGCUAAAUACACCAUUUUGCCACUUUUACCAGCAAAAAGGCAGUUUUUAAUUAGAAAAUUCACUAAAAGGCUGUUAAAGGCCAAUAACUGCUUCUUACUAUUUGACAUCGGGUAUUUAGUACAACUCUUAAAAACAGUUAUUGCAACUUCCACGACUAAAAGGUGGCUACUGUACUUUAACUGCUCCCUAGCGUAACAAAUAUUACGGCCAAAUGAUGAUUACUCCCAAACUAAAUAGCAGCUAAGCUAUAAAUACACAAUUAAAAAGCCGUUAAAGUCGCUUAGCCGCCUUGUCGUUAGUAUAGGCGUAAAAGGUAUACAUGCAAAUGCAUCGGUUUAAGGCCGUCACGGCUUUUUAAUUUGGCAAUGAUAGAACAAAAUAGUAGACAGUUCCAGAAAUAUAUCGCGGUAACUAGGUAUUCCAUAUCAAUAAGGCGGUUACUUGAUCCUCGCUCGAAGCAACGAAAUCAGUUGCGCGGGCGCUCCCGUCGAGUGAGGGUGUGGCACGUGAAGACCGGGCGCAGUUUCCCGCCAAUUCCAGUAUGCAGCCGCGCAAACUCACGAGGUAUGAACCGAAGACCUCUCGGUUGAAAACCAUUUUAGACAGAUGUAGAAAUCCAUCAAACCAAAACAGUGAAGACAUCCAUCAUUCGGUCGAUUGUCAUAACAUCCAGUUGCCUGAUCAUUAUGUGGAACCCACGUCAUCACACGAAAAACCUGUGGAAAAAGGAUUACCUAAACAUUGUGUCCAAGAGAUGGUAAAUGAAGUCAAUCGCAGGAAUUAUUCACUCACAUCUGAUAUAUUUAAUAAUUUUAACGAGUACGCUACCACACAAUCUAAAUCUUCUGUCUUUUUGUCGAAUGCCGUAGAUCUUCUCCAACAAGCGUUCCCAGCGACCAAUACUGAAAAACAACUUGAUUUAAGGUGUGAUGAAGAGCUAAGCAUAAGCAGCCGAAGUUCUUCAUCGUCACACAGAGAUGAUGAUUUUUCAUCCGAUGAUUCCGUGCGCGACAAAAAUUAUAUUCCAGAAACGAGUAGUAGUGAUGAUUCUGAAAAUGAAAUUGCGGCCCCAGUCUUGAAUAAACAUCCGAAUAAGCACUCCCAUAUGUCUAUGUUUAAUACAACCAAUAUUAUUAAGCGAAGAAAUACCAUUAACAUAGAAAUCAUACCCGAUACCCAAACUAAUAAAAUCGGUGAAAGAAUUCUAAAACGAAGGAAUACUACGGAGUUAAAUUAUAUACCCACAAUUAACAAUAGCGAAGAGAUUAGUAUUGAUUUAUCUGGAGAAAAUGGUCAAAGUUCACCUGCACCUAAGCGAAAAAAAUACGAUACAAGUCUAAGUGAAAGAAACGCCGACAAGAAAGAAGACAAGCGAUUGGAAUAUCUGGUUAAGCCAGGGUGCGAUUCAAAAUGUCAUAAAAAAUGCACUACCUUAUUGACAGAUGAAGAGAGAGAGGAUGUUAACGACAGUUACUGGAAUUUAACAUGGAAAGAAAGAAGAUUAUUCAUACAAAAUAAUGUGCCUGUAGUUGUACCUAAGAGGCAAAAGACUGGACCAAAUCUUCGAGCCCCAAGGAGAACGUUUUUCCUAAGAAAACAUGAUGAUACAAAAGUGGCAGUUUGUAAAAUAUUUUUUUUGACUACACUCGGAUUUAAUAAAACGAAUGACAAGGUUUUGUACAACUCUUUAGCUGAUGACGAUUUGACCGAUUCACGUGGAAAACAUACUAAGACAUUAGCUUACGAUAGAGAAAUACUUCGUCAACACGUUGAAUCGUUCCAUCCUUUAGAACCACAUUACCGAAGAGCGCAUGCUCCUAACCGUAGAUAUUUGCCGAGCGACGUAACUAUCACUUUUAUGCAUGACCACUUUUGCAAAAAAUAUCCUCAAGAUCCCGUUUCCUACGAAUUAUAUAGGCAGGUCGUGAAAGAAAUGAAUAUAUCUUUUACUAAUUUAGGAAAUGAAGAAUGUGAGGUUUGCGAAAGCUACCAAAUACACAAAAAAGAAAGUUCUCAUAAUAUCGAGGAAAAUAUUCUAGAUAACUGCGAGGACUGCACAUCAUUUGCGAUUCAUCAUGACAAAUAUGUUGCAGCUAGAAAAUUGUAUGAAGAACACAAGACUGAACAAGACCCGGAUAAUAUAUAUUUUAGUGCUGAUUUGCAAAAGGUUAUAAUGCUUCCAAGAUUGGACACAUUUAAGAAAAUAAUAUUCUGUUUACGUCUUGCUACAUAUAAUCAAACCUUUGCACCAUUGGGAAAAAUAACAUCUAGUAUUAAACCUUACGCUGUUCUUUGGCACGACGCUAUAGCUGGAAGAAAGCAAGAAGACAUAAUGAGUGCAUUUUUUUCAUUCUUUUUGCAAUAUCGUGACACCAAACAUGUAAAUAUAUGGCUUGAUAACUGCAGUGCACAGAACAAGAACUGGCUUUUAUAUUCCAUGCUAGUUCAUAUGGUUAAUAGCGAUUAUAUAGGCACGGAAUCCAUAACGUUGUACUACUUCGAACCUGGUCACACUUUCAUGAGCUGUGACCAGUUUCAUCAUCAAGUCGAAUUGUCCAUGAAACACAAAGGCAAAAUUUACGACUUUGCUGAUUUUACGGAAUCAGUGGGAUCAGCGAACAAGGGAAAAGUAACAGUGAAAUCCAUGGUACAAACCAAGAACGGAAAUUUAAUGAUUUAG